CGGACGUUCGACUCCGUUGGCCGGCAACGCGGACAACACAUCCAUCCUUUAUAUAUGUCUAUGACAUAAAACCCCAAAAGAAGAAGAAGAAGAAGAACCGACGGGGCAACUAAGUCGCAGCCAAAGUGACGUAUGUGGUCGAUGAAUGAUGAUCAGCCGACCAAGAGACACAGCUCCAGAAAAGAUGUCUGAGGAGCAGACUGUUUCUCUGGUUGAUAUUCUGGAGGAAGAUGAGGAGUUGGAGGAAGAAGCUUCAGCUGUAUUGGCAGGAAGCGACUCUGAUCACUGCUCCUAUCCUCAGGGCUAUGUGAAGCGUCAGGCUCUGUACGCCUGCAACAGCUGCAGACCGAAGGGAGGAGAGGCUGCAGGAGUCUGCCUGGCCUGCUCAUACAAAUGUCACGAAGGUCACGACCUUUUUGAACUCUACACCAAGAGGAACUUCCGCUGUGACUGUGGAAACAGGAAGUUCACAGAGCUAAAGUGUAAACUUAAUCCUGUGAAGGAGGAGGUCAACACUCUGAAUAAGUACAGUCAUAACUUCUCUGGAGUUUACUGUACCUGCAGUCGGCCGUACCCCGACCCAGACGACCAGGUGGAGGACGAGAUGAUUCAGUGUGUGGUGUGUGAGGACUGGCUGCAUGGCCGGCACCUGGGCCGAGCGGUUCCAGACUGUGUGGAGCUGCAGGAGAUGAUAUGUGAAGCCUGUAUGAACAAAAACUCUUUUCUCUGGACCUACGCUGCUCACCUGUCAGUUGCAGCAGUUCAGGAGAAGGAGGAAAGCGAUGCAGACGAGUCAAACACAAACCUUUUUACCAAAGAGGAAAAGGGCGAUGAUGUCAUCGAGCCCAGCUGCAAGCGAAGCCGCGAGGAGGCGGCCCCAAGCUGCAGACUUAAGGAGCUCCAGGCGAUUGGUCGAAAACGUGGCCAAUCAGGAGCUGUGUUCUGGCCAUCAGGGUGGCGCUCCAAGCUCUGCUCGUGUAGCACUUGUAAGGAGGAUCUGUCUGGGGCCGACUUGUCCUUCCUGUUGGACGAGUCGGACACCGUCCUCGCCUACGAGAACAAAGGAAAGACCAAUGAACAGCGACAGCCGGACCCUCUGAUGUCAGCUCUGGACAACCUAAACCACGUGCAGCAGCUGGAGAUCAUCCACGGAUACAAUGACAUGAAAACUGAACUGAAGGACUUCCUGCAGAGAUUUGCUGAAGAAGGAAAGCCUCCAACGCUCCCUCCUUCCAGCCACAGUGCUCACACUGAAAUCAUCACCACCAGAGAACGGUCAAUCGCAAACAGAAAAUCAGAGUUCAACAGGUGUUGCUUACUAACCAGGUGUGUGUUUGUGACGAUGGCGAGCGUUGUCCUGAGGAGGAUGAAGACUUUGACUCCACCAAAUGAAAUAGUGAAGCAGACAAAGAAGAUGAUCUACAGUAAACCUCCUAGAAACAAGAUCGGAGCCGCACAGAGUUUCCUGGUCAUGUCGCUGUUUGCAGCCGCCAUGUUGACUCCGGCUGCCUGGAUCCUUCAUCACCUCCCAGAGUACCGCCAGCGGUCCAAAGAGGUGCCGAGAGACUGAACCCGUUCCUCCUCACCGCAGGGCGUUCACUCAGCAGUACAUUCUAUAGUGCAAUCAAUAAAUAUAAAAUGUAAUCAUUAAACAAAGUGAAAACAAUGUUUGACACUUUGAUUUUACUGUGUUUUAAGAUGAAAAUGUGUUUAAUACGUAAAGAACAGAGUAUACCUUUCCA